AUGAAGCCCUCUGCUAUUCUGUCCCUAGGAGCUCUCCUUCUCGGUGCCUCGCCCGUCGAGGCAUCGCAGUGCAAGGUACCUCCAUGCGGUCGAUUCGAGAACAACACGCCCUGGACAGCCAAAUGGGCGGAUCUAGGAAUGAAAGAACACCUUUGCCAACUCAAGACUGUCGCCAAACCUGUCAAAUGCCAUCAAUACAGCCUGGGGGCCAACUCCUCUCGCGGAGGCUACUUUCACAAACCCCGCACCGAUGUUGACGCAUUCUGCUUCGCCGAUCGAACAUACUAUGUCAAGUUUGGGCCAAGGGGCAGCGAGCAGGCUAUCAAGAAGGGCGUGUGGAUCAAGAUCAACUCGGCGCAAACUGCCAAGUGUGUUGCGAAGAACGGAGUUCCGCAUUGUACGGUAAACUGA